AUGUCUACCCUCAGGGAGCCGCUUACACCAGGGAUGCAGUUGACGAGUGAUUCCGGAAACAUCUACAGGAUCGAAGAAACUCUGCGUGAACAAAGGAACCCGCUACCCUGCGUCUAUCGCGCGUGCUCCGGAGAGAAGAAAUACAUUCUCAAGAACAUGAUACCAGGCGAAUUUGAGUAUCAACUUGAUCUGCAGAGACGUUUCUCAGCCUGUCCCAAUAUCCGGGCAGUAACUGAUACGAUCCAACCUCUUGAGAUGUUCAUAUACCCUUACCUAACGGGGGACUUACAACACCUAAGCCCCAAGUUAAAGUCAAGGAAAACAAAGGUUGAUAUACUGCGAAAUGCCUUACAGGGUCUUCGAGAUAUGCACAAGAGAAUGUUGUUCAUAACGGUGGGUUAUCGAAUAGAUAUCAAAGCAGACAAUGUGCUGAUAGAGUAUGAGGAAUCAAGGGCAGGCGCAGGAGAAGAGGCGGUAAAGAUCAAGAGUGUUCAAAUAUCAGACCUUGAAGACACCGUCCUCCUGCCGGCGGGGAAGUGGUUUAGAGGAGGUCUCUGUGGGAAUGCAAUCUGGAGAAGUCCUGAGAGCUGGUGCCGGGCGCGCCAGAACAUCAGCUCAGAUAUCUUCUCCUUUGGAAUCGUGAUGAUAUAUGUCAUGGUGGACGAGCUGGUCUUCCACGUUGGCUGGGAGAAGCUAGACGCAGCAGACGCAUGGAGACACGUCCUGGCCCGGCACAUCUCCUACUUUGCGGACUUAGACGGGCUCGACGGGCUGCUGAAACACAUCGGCACUGAGAACCCGUUCUACCAACGUCUGGUGAGCCUGGCAGAGAACUGUAGUCCGCGACAACCCUUUGAGACAUGGGGGUAUGUUGACCCAGAGCUGCGAAACCUGGUAGGCAAGAUGACCUGCCUGGAUCCGUCUAGGAGAAUCACUGCUGCCGAGGCGCUGGAGCAUCCUUGGUUUCAAUAA